AUGACCCCCCAGACCGCUCAUAUCAGGCGCACACGCCCGAGCCAUGUCCAGACCAACCUUCCCUCCAACUCACAACACCAACAACAACAACAACAGCCUACCAUACCAGCUUCAGCCAUCAGCGCCUCCUCGGUAGCCUCGAGCUCACAGCAGGGCUCCCCCAUCAUGUCUCCCGAGGCCGUCAUAAUGACGACCAACAGCUCGGUCCAGGCGUCCCCCGAGCACCGGGGACGUGGGCUCAUCGACGAACAGUUCCCGACAGGCUCCUUCCAGCUGCCAGAGCCAGUCAUCUCACGGAAAACGAGUAACAACUCGCUAGGCCAGACCCUUGUGGGCAGUCCCAACGCCAUGUCCGAGGCCGUGAGCAAAAGCGGCAACCUCAUGAGGCGUUUGUCCAAUAAGACAAAGGCCUGGAAGAACCGCCGCAGGACAUCAUCCGCUGCCCCGAACAGUCGUGAUGGUAGCGUGGGCCCCGGUAUUCUCCGCAGGAGGAGUGAUAGCAACACCACGGCCCCGCCUGACUUUGCCGCCUAUAGCGACUCGGACGACGAAUUCGUCGAUGAGACAGAUGAUCUCCCGUCGUUGAUUGGCGGUCUUGACGGGGCUCUCCGAGAAUCGUCCUCGAAUAGCACGACGGCUUCCGUCGCCGGCUCCACCUCCCCUUCCAACACAACCGCCGGUCCCGUCAUACCCUUUCAGCUGCUUAAGGGCACCUGGAUCAGGAAGGUCUCGAAGAAGAAUGGGAAAAAGCGCUUCAUUCUGGUCCUUGAGCCGGACGCUGCCAAGAUCUCGUGGGACAAGAGUAGACCCCACAAGUGUCUAUACAUCGAUGACAUCAAGGAGAUCAGGACGGGCUCCGAUAUCCGACAGUACCGCAUCGACUACGGCGUACCCGAGACCGAAGAGUCUCGGUGGUUUUCCAUCAUGUACUCGGUGCCCGACAAGUCCAAGACCAAGAUGAUGCACCUCGUGGCCGACGACUCCAGCACCUUCUACAACUGGGUCACAACUCUCGAGGCCAUUUCCAAACACCGACAAGACCUGAUGGCGUCCUUGAUGGCGUUUAACGACAGGGCAAUUCGCGACUACUGGCUUAAUGAGAUGACCAAGCAGGGUGGUGAGAAGCCGCUCUCUCUCGACGACGGCGACAUCGACUUUGAAGGUGUACAACGUGUCUGCCGGAAUCUUCACAUCCAUGCGUCUCCCAGCCAGUUGCGCGCCAAAUUCCAUGCGGCCGAUGUUACCAACACCGGUCGUCUGAACUUCUACGAAUUCCAGACGUUUGUCGGUUACAUGAAACGGCGUGACGACAUCCGCCAGAUCUACCACCGGAUUGCAGCGAACCCAGAGACGGGCCUCACCAUCAAGGAGUUUCUGGACUUCUUGCGCGAUGUCCAAGGGGAGAACGUCGAUGCCGAUUUGGCCGCUUGGGAGGCCCUCUACACCAAGUUCGCCCGCAAGUUCAAAUCUAGAGAUGCGGACGCGGCCCAGUUCGACGGUCUGAAGAUGGGCGACGCGGCUUUUGCGGCAUUCCUGACCUCGACUUACAACCUGCCUGUGCAUAAGGAGCCCAAGGAGUAUACCCUUGACCGGCCGUUGAACGAGUACUUUAUUUCCAGCUCCCAUAACACGUACUUGAUGGGCCGGCAGGUCGCUGGUCUCUCCAGCGUUGAGGGCUACAUCUCAGCGCUCGCUCGUGGUUGUCGCUGUGUCGAGGUUGACUGCUGGGACGGUCCUGAUGGCCAGCCCACCGUCAACCAUGGCCGGACUCUCACCACCUCCAUCAGCUUCCAAGAGACCAUGACGACAAUAAACAAAUACGCCUUCGUCAAGACCAAGUACCCCCUUUGGAUCUCGCUCGAGGUUCACUGCAACCCCCAGCAGCAGGGCGAGAUGGCUCGCAUCAUCAAGGAGACUUUUGGCGCCCGUCUCGUCACCGAGCCGCUCGACUCAUCCGACAGGCUCCCCACCCCUGAGCAGCUGAAGGAACGGGUCCUUAUCAAGGUCAAGCGCCCCCAGCCCGCCCCAGAGCCCAAGCCAGCGGAGACGACCGGUCGCCGCCGAGGCAACAGCCUGACCUCGCCGUAUCCAAAGCCCGUCCAGCUCGACAACAGCAUCAUACCCUCUCAGUCACUGCCACAGAGCCCCAUUCUGAGUCCCAGCCUCUCAUCACGCAGACUCGUGAGCAAGAGCCGCGUCAACACCAUCACCGAGGGCGAGGUGCAGGACGCCCUGAGCAGCAGCACGAGCGACAACGACAGCGCAGGCGAGCGGGUCCCCCCCGACGCUCUUCAAACAAGACGGUCAAAGUUCUGGGAGACUUGGGCUUACAACCACAUCUUUUCAUUCAUGGAGUCGAGCUUUACGAGGAACAGCAAGUCCAAAGAAGAGCGGAGGGCCAUCGAACGCCACAACAUGCGGUACCUCAUGCGUGUUUACCCCGAUCGCACUCGGAUCACCUCAAACAACUUCAACCCCGUCACAUACUGGCGCAAGGGUGUACAGAUGGCCGCUCUUAACUGGCAGACGUUCGAUCUCGGCAUGCAGCUCAACCAAGCCAUGUACGAGAGCGGCUCUGACCGGUCAGGAUAUGUUCUUAAGCCCAGCGAACUCCGCGAGAUCAAGGUGAUGCCCCAGGAAUGGUCAGGUUUCAGGGAACGCCAGGAGGUCACCUUUAGCAUCGACGUCAUCUCGGCCCAGCAGUUGAUGCGACCCAACGGCAUGCCCAACAACAAGACGGUCGACCCCUACGUCGAGGUUGAGGUAUUUCACUCCAGUGACAAGAGGGAUAAGCGGGACGUGGACCCCACCGAGGCACCCUCCACAGAUUCGCCCCUCAAAUUCCGGACCCGCGUAAUCCCCGAAAACGGCUUCAACCCGAUUUUCGAUGGCAAAUUCACCUUCAAGGUGACCACCAAGUUCCCCGAGCUCAUCUUCGUUCGCUGGUCGGUCAAGCUUUCCCACAACGGCGAGAGCUACAACGACCGCCCACCCGUUGCUACGCAUACCGCCAAGCUCAACGGCCUCAAGCGCGGCUAUCGCACCCUCCCCCUUUUCGAUCACAACGGCGAGCAAUACCUCUUCUCGACCCUCUUCUGUCGCAUCAACAUCGACUCCGUUCAGACCGUCUUGAUCAAGCAUUCCGAUGAGUCGGAUACAAUCAGCGCUGCCAAGCCCCGUGGAGUCGGACGCGUCUUCAACACAUUCGGCACGCGCUCCAACAAUAUUAGCCCGAAGUCCAGCAUGGACAAAUCGGGUUACGAAGGCUAG